UUUAAAUAAAAUAAAAAAAAGAAAGUAUAAGAAGAUAUAAGAAGAGAAAGUUGACCGACAACUUUCUCCAAUAAAUUACAUUAUCUGCUUGAUAUUACCAAGUACGACUAGUUUUAAACAGCACGUCUUUUAUUAAAAUUCAUACUUUACUCACCUGAAUUAUUUAAGGAAAUUUUCUUUCAGGUAUAAAAAGCAGUAUGUAACUGUAAAAAUAUCAAAGUAUCUAAAACCAUAUAAGUGUUACCGUGUAGGUGUAUAUUAAACCUUAUAACAGAUUAGAAAACAAGUAUACAAAAAUAAAAGAAAAGUAACAUAUAGUAAAAUAUGAACUUGGAAUUACCAAAAUAUCAAUUAUUGGAUAUUAAAAAAACAAAAGAAAUGCUUAAAUAUUUUAAAGGAGAAAGAACUGGUUGGGUUCAAGUAGGUGAUAAAAAAUGGUUUUUUCCAUAUAAAUAUACAGAACAAGGUGAAGGUUUUUAUAAAUUUGUCAGCAGAUCAUCAGAUACAUGGGUUUUGUCUUAUCCGCGUUCAGGUACUACUUGGGUACAAGAACUUGUGUGGCUUAUAGCAAAUAAUAUGGAUUUUGAUACAGCUAAUACACGUUUGCUUAGCGAAAGAUUUCCGUUUCUAGAGUUUAGUAUGUUUAAUCAUGAAGAAUUGACAAAAGAAUUUAUAGAAUUUAAUAAAAACGAUCCAAAAAAACAGGAGUUUUGUAAAGAACUUGCAAAGCCUGGCUAUGAAGUUCUUGCUAAUUAUCCAUCUCCGAGAUUUAUUAAAUCUCACUUUCCUUUAAGUUUGCUACCAAAUAUUUUGAAAAGUAAAUGUAAGAUUGUUUAUGUAAGUAGAAAUCCAAAAGAUGUAGCUGUGUCAUGGUUUAAAUUAAAUCAAGCUUUCAAAACACAAGGUUAUGAAGGAGAUUUUAUGAAAUUUUGGAGUUAUUUUCGAAAUGAUCUUACUGCAUGGAGUCCUUAUUGGGAACAUUUGAAAGAAGCAUGGGAUCAUAGAAAAGAUAACAAUUUUUUAUUUUUAUUUUAUGAAGAACUACAACAGAAUUUAUCAUCAGUAUUACUAAGAGUUGCAAAUUUUUUUGAAAAAAGUUAUACUCCUGAACAAAUGAUUAAAUUGGAAAAUCAUUUAAACAUAAAGAAUUUUCGGGAUAAUUGUAUGGUUAAUUUACAAGAGCUUAAGGAUUGUGGUAUUAUAAAUCAAGGAGCAGAUUUUGUAAGAAAGGGGACGAAUGGCGAAUGGAGGAAUUAUUUUAAUAAAGAACUUGCAGAAGAAGCUAAUGAAUGGAUAAACGAAAAUGUAAUAGACAUUGAUCUUCGAUACUCGCUUACAAACAAUAAUUGCUUGUAACAAUACUAGUGUAUGUUAUUUUCGGUUUAUUUUUAUAAUUAUUAAAUAUAAUUAUUU